UACCGUAAAUCUCUUGUAUAAACAGUUAUUCGGGAAAUUUCAAUGCAAACACAUUGGUGUAUUUUUUCAGAAAUUUAACAAAUUGUUUUUACAAAGAAAACCUUAUUGUUUAUUUUACAAUACGACUGUAAAGUGUUAUUUUAGUGAAAUGGAUGUGAACUUUAGUAAUGUGAAUACUGCUCUGACUUUUGUGUGUGAUAUAAACAGAAAUAUCUCGUGCACGGACCAACGUACGGAACACCAGAGACUUUCACCAGUCACCAGCGGCAGUGAUAGCUCGUAUGCGGAUGAUCGGCUAGAAAGUUCCGCUGAAUGUGAAGUGUCCAGCUCCAAUCCUGAUAUAAACAAUAAUGGUAACAGCAACAUCCAGCAGGAUGCCGACGCCCCGGCCAAGUCGAGGAAGAGAAAGAGGCCUAUUCCGACAGGCAAGCCACCGUAUAGUUACAUAGCUUUGAUCAGCAUGGCCAUCGCUAACUCUCCACAGAGAAGAGCAACGUUAAACGAGAUCUACAAGUUUAUAACAGACAGAUUUCCCUUCUAUGCCGACCACAGUAAUCAGAAAGGCUGGAAAGGUUCGAUACGUCACAACCUGGCAUUGAACGACUGCUUUAUGAAGCUUGAACGCCAGUCCGGCAUGAAAGGCCACUUCUGGGCGAUCGAUCCCGAGUAUGAAGACAUGUUCGACCACGGGAGCUUUCUCAGGCGUCGUUACCGUUUCAAGAAUGGGGUUAAGAAGGACAAGACCGCUCCAAAACAAUCGUCGGAUCACGUCGGCAACCCUCAGUUCGGAUACGGAAGUGCCCUUGAUAACCAGCAGCAUGUGUACGGACAACACGCGAAUCUCGUGCAGAACGCAUUGCAUAAGAGUGGCCACAUGACGUCACCAGCGGCGCAACAUUAUCAGCAGCAGCCGUCUUACGCAGACUUUGGGCCUGGAAGUAACGCUUGGAAUAUGUUCAUGAGCAAUAGCAUUCACUUACAUCAACAGUUUCAGUUGCAACAGCAGCAGCAGCAGCAACAACAACACCACCAGCAGCAGCAUCAACAACAACAACAACAACAUUCAGAUUAUCUUCAACACGUUAAGUACGAGGAACCUCUUUCCCCUCUUUCCGUGACGGACAUGUCGUCACAGUCCAGCUCUGAAAGCGGAAGUUCUCCAGAAACCAAUCAACAGUCGUCUUUAGACUUUUCACGUCACGUGGCACUCAGAUCACCAGAAAUCACUAGUCAGCAGACGACAUCUGAUCGCGUGCAGACACCGUCUGAUUUCACAUAUUUCCCACCACCUCCAUAUCCUAUGUAUUUAUGGAAUAAUUACAACUAUUUCCAAGGACAGUAUGAUGAAAUGAAAUGAACUGUUAAGAACAGUUUCUAGCGCCCGCUAUCGAGCGCUUCAGAGCGCCCUCUACAGCCUACGCAUCAUAAAAUCACGGUCCAAGGUCUUGAUACCCCAGUGAAACUGACACUUGAUGAUGUUAUGGUUCUUUUAGUAUUGUUAUUUGAUAUCUCGAACUUGUUUAGUCACCUUAAACAGAGCGUAUCCAGGAAACGACAUGAGGAACGAUGUCCAAAGUUAUUUUUUUCUGUUUUUUUUUUUAUUUUUUGGAUUACAUAUUCUGCCUUGCCUUGCAAUAUAUGCAAAACACAUUUAAAGAAACACCUAAUAUAUUGACAGAAAAUAUUGUACUUAGAUUUGUAAAAAAACAGAUUUAGAAGCUUUUAAGAAGAGGGUCAUUUUAAAUGUGACAGCUCAAUAGUAAUGCGCUUCGUAGACCAACUGAAUAUUUUUAUGUAGUCAAAGAAACAAGUAACUAUUAUGUCAUAGAUCUGAAUUUAUCCCUUUUCUAACUCUGUUGCGUUAAAAAUAACAUUCAUGAGUAAUAGUUUAUGAAAAGAAACCCGCUAGAAACACUACAUUGAGAACAUAAAUCUCGGUAUGAUUGUAUAAACUUUACAAACGUUUUUGAGAAAAUUAUUAGUUUAAAAAGUUAUUUCAGUUUAUUUCUGUAGAUUAUAUGCUUUAUUAUAUUGCUUCUAUCUCAAAAGUACAAAAAAAAAACAAACAAAAAAACAGAAA